GUUCGCCACGCUCCCUUAUCACCUUAACCUUCUUCUUCUAUGGAUCCUCCUCCGACUUAAACCGAGACUUUCUCAAUCCUCCAAAAAAUGCCAUCUCGCCUCUCUCCACCUGAUACUCCUCCACCGGUUACCAACACUCACCACCAUCUCCACACGCUUCCUCUAAUCCUCACCGGUUCACUCACCUUAACCGGAGCCCUACUAAUAAUCCUCAUCACAAUCCUCCUCUACCGUAAACUCUCCCGUAACCGAACAACCCCCUCAGAUCUCGCCCUAACCUCUCCUCAACACUACCAAUGCCGCCGCUUCUCCUACACCCAGCUCCGCCGCGCAACCAACUCCUUCUCCGACUCCACCCAGCUCGGCCACGGCGGAUUCGGCACCGUCUACAAAGCCGAUCUCCCUAGCGGAACCUCCCUCGCCGUCAAAGUCAUGGAUUCCUCCGCCGGGUCGUUACAAGGGGAGCGCGAGUUUCACAACGAGCUCUCUCUCUCCUCUCACUUGACCGAUUCGCCUCACGUCGUCUCUCUCCUCGGAUUCUCGGAGGAUCGUCGUAACCGGAGGCUUGUACUCGUCUACGAGCUCAUGGCGAAUCGCAGCUUGCAGGAUUCGCUUCUUGGCCUCAAGUGUGUGGAGCUUAUGGAUUGGAGCAAAAGGUUUGAAAUUGCGACGGAUGUUGCUAAAGGGAUUGAGUUUCUUCACCAUUGUUGUGAUCCGCCGAUUAUACACGGUGAUGUGAAGCCGAGUAAUAUUCUUCUUGAUUCUGAUUUCAAGGCGAAGAUUGGAGAUUUUGGGUUGGCGAGGGUAAAGUCUGAGGCUUUGGUUAGUGGUAACGAGACUAGGGUUUUGAUUGAGGAAGAUGAGAUGAGAAAAGAUGUUGUUGAAGAAGAUAAUGGGUCGAUUCUUGAGGAGAGUGAGAGUGUGAUUACUCUGUUUGAAGAGGGUAAUAAUGCAGUGAGUUUCUCUCCGGAGAUUGGAGCAUCUCCCGGGGUGGUAUCGGUACUGUCGCCUGAGAGUUGUGGAGUUAGUGUCUUGACCGUGGAAGCUUCUCCCCCGGGGGGCACGGAGAAUUGUGCAGUUAGUGUCUUGACGGCGUCUCCGGGAGCAGCACUGGGAUUAUCUCCGGAGAAAGGGAGUGUUUCUGAGAGCUGUUUGGAGCAAAUGAGUGUGGAGAGUGGUUGUAAGCAAAAAGUGGUGGGUUCAAAGAGAGAUUGGUGGUGGAAACAGGACAACAAUGGUGGAAGCAGAGGAGGGAUUGAGUCAGGGAGUGUGAAAGACUACGUGAUGGAGUGGAUUGGGAGUGAGAUUAAGAAAGACAACAACAAGGAAUGGAUCAAAAAUGGUGAUGGGUCAUCAUCAUCAACUGUCUCUAAGAAGAAGAAGAAGAAGAAGAAGAGGAAGCCUAGAGAGUGGUGGAAGGAAGAGUUUUGUGAAGAGCUAACUAGAAAGAAGAGGAAGAAGAAGAAAAAGAAGAGAGGGAUAAGCUCAAUCUCAAGCAUCGACUCUUGGUUUCACAGAGACAAUGAUCAUGAACAGAGUCAUAACCACCCUACCAAGAAGAAAAAGAGGAAUAGUAUAGAUUGGUGGGUAGAUGGGUUAAGUGGAGAUCUAAAAUCAGUUAAAAAACACAGUCAAGAUUCUGGUUUAUGGUGUGAUGUGAAUGUUCACAAGAGCGGUGGAGUAAGCAGCACACCGAGUAUGAGAGGUACAGUGUGUUACAUUGCACCAGAAUGUGGCGGGGGAGGAGGUGUGCUGUCUGAGAAAUGUGAUGUCUACAGUUUUGGGGUUCUGCUCUUGGUUCUUGUCUCAGGGAGACGGCCGUUGCAGGUGACUGCAUCUCCCAUGUCGGAGUUUGAGAGGGCUAAUCUGAUAUCAUGGGCUAAGCAAUUGGCUUGUCAUGGUAACUUAUUGGAGUUGGUUGAUAAGUCCAUACAUUCAUUGGUGAAAGAGCAAGCGGUUCUUUGUGUUACUAUUGCAUUGCUUUGUCUACAAAGAUCUCCAGUUAAGAGACCAACAAUGAAGGAGAUUGUUCAGAUGCUUACCGGUGCGUCUGAGCCACCGCAUUUGCCGUUUGAGUUCUCACCCUCACCGCCUAUGGGGUUUCCAUUCAAGUCAAGGAAGAAAGCACGGUGAAGAUGUGGUUUUAGUUUUGAGCUCAAAUCCUAAAUUAAUUGCAAGUUGUAGAAACUGUUUAAUUCCAUUAACACUAAAUUCUUGCAAAUAUUUAUGAAGAUUAAUUAGUAUGUCACUGCAGACUCUUUGAACUACUAAUACUGCUGUCCCUCUCUUUCAA